AUGACUUCCUCAGGGACCACCUUGCCAGACUGGGGCUAUGAGGAGCUGAAGGUUAUCGGCCGGGGUCAAUAUGGCAAGGCUCAUUUGGUCCGCGCAGAGAUUGAUGAUCAGUACUACAUCGCAAAGACGAUUGACCUCACUUGCUUGUCAAGCAAGGAGCAAGAGACGGCAUACCAGGAAGUUGCACUCCUCAGAAGCCUGGACCAUCCCAACAUCGUGUCCUACAGGGACAACUUCUUCAUGGGAGACACGCUGGUGAUCAUCAUGCAGUACUGCGAGGGUGGCGAUUUGGCCACGUACAUCAAGGAUAUGCGGAAGCAGCGGCAACGGAUCGACGAACAGCAGAUCAUGCACUACUUUGUGCAGAUCUUACAGGCGCUCCAGUACAUCCACAGCAAGCGCAUCUUGCAUCGUGACCUCAAAACCUCCAACCUUUUCCUGAUGAAGAGCAAAUUUGUUGUGAAGCUGGGCGAUUUCGGCAUCUCUCGCGUGCUCGAAGGUUCCAUCGAGGCAGCAAUCACCGUCGUCGGGACUCCGUACUACAUGUCACCGGAGGUUUGUGAGAAUAAACCCUACACCUUCAAGAGCGACGUCUGGUCCCUUGGGUGUUGCUUGUACGAGAUGUGCAUGCUGAAACACGCCUUCUCGGCCGACAACCUUCUGGGGCUCGUCUACAAGAUCGUCAGCGAUAAGUAUGAGCCAAUUCCGGAGCAAUACACCGCGCAGUUAAACACCCUGAUUCAGCGAAUGCUGGAGAAGAAAGACAAACCGCGGCCGAGCGUCAAAGAACUGAUUGAUGACCCUUAUGUGCAGUCCUUCUUGGAUGAGUACUUGCAGAGUCGCCAAAGCGCGGCCCGCAGCUCGCGCCCCUCGCCCGCCAGCGGGUCGCCGGUUUCGCCGCCCGCGGUCAGCUCCCCAGCGUCCACACCAGGGCCGCCCCCGGCACCCGCGGGGUCCCCGGUGUCACCUGGACCGCCGCGCAGCACCGGGGGGUCGAUGAAUGGGACGCCCUGGGUGAACCAACUGCCGGUGGAAACGCACCAUGUGCGGCCAGGUCACAAACACGUGCGGCACAGCCGCGCCGUGGAGACGCCCAAAGAGGCGGCGGCACGGCGGAAGCGGGAGGCGGCGGACCGCGAGGCAGAACGUCACAAAGCAGCGGCCAAAGAAUCCAUGCACAACAAAACGGUUGCCAGACAGAUGAGGGAAGCUGAAUUCCAGACAACUCUGGCUGGUCGCAUGGGCCCUGCGUCCGCCACCCAUCUGCCAUCGGUCACUCAAGGUGGAUUUAGCUCUCACAUGGCUUCGAGUCCUUCACACGAUGAUGAUCGCCUAGAGGACUUCGAUGCACCAGUGGAGGAGAUUGAAGAGAGCGACUCCGAAGAAUACGAGGACGACUUUGAUCAAUACACGGAAGACGAGGAGACUGUGACCUCAGACAUUGAGGAGGUGUACAUGAAGCCGGGAGCAGGAGCCUUGUCGAUGGUGCGGGAGGAGGAGGACGUGUCGCGCGUCAUGAGCAACUACGGUCAGCUGCUGGCCGACCGUGCGGCGGGUGCGGCGGAGCGUGCGGCGCAAAGCGAGGAGCACCAUCCUCCUGACAGCGCGGCUUCCAGGCGCCGCACCGGAAGCCUGGAUCGAAGUCCCGUGUCUGCGCCGGAGGCUUCCAGAGGCACCCUGGCGAUUCCCAUCACCGAGCUCCGUUCCCGCAUGAAGGAGGAGUUGAUCCGAAAGAUGGGUGAAGAGCCCUUCGAGAAGGCCUUCAACUUCCUGCUGGACGCGCGACUGAGAUCUGUCGCGGAGAGCACUGUGAAGCGCGACUUGGAAGCGCUGGUGGGUCGCCAAGUCUAUAAGUCUGGAGCUUGGUCGUGA